AUUACUUACCUUCUACAUUUCCGAUUCCGACCACUUUCCAACUAUAGGGUCGCUGCCAGUUGCUACCUACUGGUUUUUUCGUCAUUCAUUCUUACUUCUUGGGAAUGAAGUGGGCUUAAAUUAAUUUAUGGUUUAAAGAAAAUAAUAACAAUCCUAUUCAAGAGUCAGUAUUCUGGACGUUUUAAUUUAAGAUUUAAUUAUUGAAUUUUAAUACAUAACUUUAGGGGAAUAGUGGUGAUUAUCAAAUAACCUAUUUUUUUCUGUUCUAUGCUUUUAAAGCCUUGAAGCAUAGAAAUUCACUAUGACUGAAAACAAGACUGAUGAUGUAACAGAAAGAAUUUUAAAUGCAGCAUUGAAAAAUCCUAAAGGCAUAUCUGAUAAGGACAUGGCUGCAGCAGUCCCAGAACUAUCAUCAGCAGAACUAGUUGCUGCUAUAAAUAAAUUGCUACAACAGGGUUAUUUUGAUUUGUUUAAUCAAGGAGGAACAUUGAUAUACAAGUUAAAAAAUAAAGAUUCUAAGCAAAUUAUAAAGGGUUCUGACAAUGAGGAAAAAAUUGUGUUUGGCCUAAUUGAGGAAGCUGCUAAUAAAGGCAUCUGGAUAAGGGAUAUAAGAAAUCAGUCCAAUCUUCCCAUAACUCAACUCACAAAAAUCUUGAAGUCAUUGGAGAGUAAAAAAAUUAUUAAAGCUGUUAAAUCGGUCAAUGCAUCUAAAAAGAAGGUUUAUAUGUUGUACAAUUUAGAGCCAGACAGAUCUAUAUCAGGAGGAGCUUGGUACCAAGAUCAAGAUUUUGAAUCAGAGUUUGUAGAUGUUUUGAACAGGCAAUGUUUGAAAUUUCUGCAACAAAGAGCAGACAAAAUAAGAAAUAAUCCAAGAGGACCAAUUGUCGGAAGAACACAAUCUUAUGCAACUGCGGCAGAAGUACAGAAAUAUAUUACGGAUCUGGGCAUAAGCAAAGUCAAACUAGAAGUGGAAGAUGUUGUAACAAUUUUAAACACAUUGAUUUAUGAUGGUAAAGCUGAAAGUACGCUGUAUCCAGAUGGAAGUAGAGUGUACAGGGCAAUUGAAACACUGAUCCCUCCUCCGGGUCUAGUCCAGGUUCCAUGUGGACUGUGCCCACUUAUACAUAAGUGUUUUUCAACAGGUCUUAUUACACCUAAAGACUGUAAAUAUAUGAGUGAAUGGUUAGAACAAUAGAUUAUCAAUAUAAGUAA